GUGUUUCUGUGGAAACCAAAAUGGCGGUCUGUUGUUGUUAAGUUAGUGAAGGCACUUUUUGAUGAGAUAUGCCGUCUGUAGAUAAAAAACGAAAGUUUAAGCCCAAAGUGCUUUGUUGGGCCGACCUUACAUUGGAAAAUGUUGAUGAAAUUCUCAAAAGUACAUCAUCUGAGGAAACUCAAAGUAUUCUGGUUGACAUUUUCAAAUUAAAAGACCCUAAAGAAGACCUGAGGUCUGGGAUUUUGGUUGAUCUUUAUUUCUACUCAAUUCAAUUUAGCAAGGAUAAGGACUUCACAAAGGAACAACUUUCUGCCUUCUUUUCUAUCRUAAAAUCAAUCCAUGAAAUGGCAGUAGACACUCCUUAUGGUAAUGUGGAGUCUGUGUUUGAGUACUGCAAGGAAUUGAUACUUUGCCACAGUAUGAAAAGACCUCCAUUCAGCAUUGCACUGUUUUCAACAGACCAAAUAAAAAUGAUAACAACCUACAUUGUUAAUACGUACUUUCGCCAUUACAAGCUGUAUAAAUAUGCCUUCACRCCCAAGAUUAGACUUGAUCUUGCCAUAGAUUAUGUUGGAUUACCUGACACUCCUCCACCUACUGAAGAUGAAGAGGAAGUAGAAGGUGGAGAGGAAGAGAACAAAGAAGAGAAAGAAACUGAAGAACUCACGUCUGAAGGAGCUGCACAAUCUGAAGUUGAAAUUGAAGAAACUCCAGCUGURAAAGAAUUAAAAGCAAUGAUUUCAACAGUUCUUCAAGAACAAGUUGAACAGCUCAAGACAAGCGUUGAUCUUCAAAUCAAAGCCAAAGACGAAGAAAUCAGUAAGAAAAUGGGGAUAUCUCUGGAUAACUCAGCCUCACCAAAAAGUCCAAAAGGAAAAGGGAARAARGGAAAAUAAUUAGAAAGCUUUCCAUUUUUUUACGGUUGUAAUUUAUUGAUACAAGGAUGUAGUCUUUUAGAUUAAGCUGAACUGUACAAAACAGAAACAUUAAAAAGUGAAAAAAUGA